AUGGCAGAGACCUCCAACCAGACUCUCGUGAGCAGUGGCGUCACCAAUGGCGAAGGGUGUGAUGGUCAAAUGGAGUUGCGGGUCCGCACUCCUGCCUCUUCCCGUCCAGGCACUCCGAAUGUGGGAUCCAGUACUCUGUCGAAGGAAGGCUUCGAUUCAAGCAUUAGCCUGGGGAUCAUCUCGUCCGAACGGUCAUACGUCGAUCACGCAAUCGCUACUCCUGCUGGGAUCACUGCAGUACCUCCCGGUUUUGACACGAAUCCCAAUGUUUUCCCGACUGCGCUAGAACAUAGCGGACGCGUCUUCCUUCAACCUGCUUCUCCAACGGAUAUUCUCGACCGUCGCUAUGCGCGGCGGCCUCGCAUACGUGAGUAUAACGGGGAAUCUCAACCCAUACCAGCAGCUCGGAGAUCCUUUCGCCAUGACGAUCCCCCUCCACCAUGGACUUCUUAUAAACAUCCCGAAGGUCAGCGGUAUUUCGGUAAGAAACUGCUGAAUAAGUUUCAGCUGUUUACCGACAUUUGGAUAUAUGACCGGCAAAAGUUGUCGAAUAUAGAGAUCUUUGAAGAGCAAUUUCUGGCACUGCUACAAGAACAAGCGGACCUCCCGGAUGGCACGGAAGUUGCGGUAUACAUAGAGGAAGAUUACGAAAGCAACAGCAUGACAUGUCAUUACUACCUGUCCAGCGACUCCGACCGGGCUAUAUUUUGGUUGGAAGAGGUCGAGGAUGAUUUGCUGACUCUACGAUCACGCCCUGCUCCCAAGAAUUACUAUCUUCAGGAUGCCACGGAAACACAAUAUUGGAAACACGUAGAAAUGUUCCCUAAUCAUCGCCGAGUUUCCACGGAGCUUCUAAAAGAAGUGAAGGAGCUAGUGAAUUUCUGGACAUUCGAUGCAAUGUCGUCUGAAACAUCGACUGCACCUCAAGGACUAUCUAGCUAUUUACCAGUUCUGAACAACAUCCCAGACAACGGCAGUGCACCGUCGGUGUGUAUCAUAGCGCGUGUGAUGGGCAUUCUGAGCAAUCAGAGGUUUCUCGAUUUGCACGGCCAACACGAGGCUCGUCUCAGUCGGGAGGACACCAUCUACUCACAGGGCGAAAUCGAGUACUCCUGGCUAUUGCGUCUUGUUUCCCCGCUGCUCUUUUUCAUGCCAUAUGAGUAUUUUGAGCAACUUCGGCGAGUAUGGGUGGACCAGACAGUUCACCAUCUGUCGUGGAGCGCGCUCCGGAACGGUUUGCAAAGAGAUUGGGACUCCUUGCUCACUCCGGCAACAGUCAUGCUAACGGCGAACGUGGGCCUUCUCGCUAUUCAGAGCAUUGAUACAGGUCAUAGUGCACGGAGCUGUGCCCAGAUCGCGAGCUAUGUCUCUACGUUCCUCAGUCUGGCAAUCAUGUUUCUUUGUAUCAUUCUGGCGCGCUAUCACAAGGAUGAAUCGAAUGCGGCAGAAACGUGCAUGUACCUCUAUCAGAGAACGAAAUUGCCAGCCGGUCUUGAUAUGCUUGCCAUUUCUUUCAGCCUUCCAGCUGCCAUGUUUCUAUGGUGCAUGGUCACCUUUUGUGUAGCUGUUGCUUGGGUCUGUCUCGACCGAACCAAUCUCUGGACUCGCUUCUUCACUGGGCUCACACUUGGCUUUGUCCUCCUCGGCGUCACAACGGUGAUCAUCAUCGAGCUAUGCCCGUUCCCUCCAGACAGAGUUGCGCCGGUGAUGUCAUGGAGAGAUGAACUGUGGGAAGCCCUGGGAUCCAAGCUCAAGGUUCGGCAUUGGUGGAAAGACAAGUUGCGACACCGCCGGUGGCCAUUCACUUUCAUACGACGGCGUCAGCGUGAUCUAGAGGGACAGAGGGAAUCUUAA